AAAAGAGUCCAUUUUAUUCGCGCCUUUUAGUUGCCGCGGAGAAGCACAGCGUGAGGUAGUGAGAAGUUAACGGGUUCACUCGAAAUAAAGGACGCUCAACAUGUCUGACGAAGGGAAGCUCUUUGUUGGCGGGCUCAGCUUUGACACCACUGAGCAGUCUCUGGAGGAAGCCUUCUCUAAAUAUGGAAAUAUCUCCAAAAUUGAUGUCAUCCGAGACAGGGAGACUCAGCGAUCCCGUGGGUUUGGGUUUGUGACCUUUGAGAAUCCAGAGGAUGCCAAGGAUGCCAUGGAGGGCAUGAAUGGCAAGUCGGUGGAUGGCCGGAUGAUCAGAGUGGACGAGGCUGGCAAGGGUGGUGGACGAUCUGGUGGUGGCUACCGAGGCGGGGCCUCAGGAAGGGGAGGUGGAUUCUUCCGUGGGGGCAGGGGGAGAGGUGGGCGUGGUUACUCACGAGGUGGUGGCGGCUAUGGUGGCGGUGACAGGGGGUAUGGAGACCGCAGCUAUGGUGGGGACAGAGGCUACGGUGGUGGAGACAGGAGCUAUGGUGGUGGCUAUUCCAACAGGAGCGGAGGUGGCUAUUCCUCCGGUGGUGGUUACUACAGCAGGGACAACAGGGGGCAGUCUGGCUAUGGAGACCGCUCCUCUGGUGGAUCUUACAGGGACAACUAUGACAGCUAUGCCUCACACGAGUAAAAAAUCUUCACGAUUCAAGAUCCUCCCUUCGCUGGCUGUAUAUAUAAAGAUGCGCUCUUCGAAGAUGAUUUUUUUUCCUUGUUUUGUGUGACCUGACUGUAGUCGUCUUUAUAUGAGGUUCUGUGAUAAUACUGGAGCAUUUUUUUGAAGUUCUGUUUAGGUUUUGUUACCAGUUUCUUCUCUGGGAUUACAUCCCACUUGAAGUGCAACAAACACUUAGUAUUUUAAUUUGGGAACUAAGAUUUGAUGCUCCAUAAGCCCUGCGUUACAAUUAGGGCAGUUCUUAAAGCGUUUUGGGAAAGGUUGAACUGAUCACUGUAUUUGGGGUGAGGGUGGGUGGCAGUAGCAUUGUCCUGUUUAUAAGCAUAGAGCUUGAAAUCAUACCCUGUUCCCACAUGGCCUGAUGGCUUUUCAUUUUUUUUUUGGCCUUCAAUUGACCCAGAAAUCACUGGAGAUGUUUUUCCUCCUUUAAAUUAGAGAUUUUUUUUUUGCUCUUUGCCUCUCUCAAUUGAGUGAACCCAAAAAGCUUGCAGAGCUGAUGCGUCUUUCCUGCUGGCUUCUUUAACAGAAGCAGUAUGAGAGCACCAGCUGUUCUGUAGCUAAUUAUUUGUAAAUAUCCCAUAUCCAAAAAGUGAAUUUAUUUCAGACUGCUUGUGAGGCUGAAACCCAGGAGUUAGCCAUCUGUUCAUGAGGUGCUGGUGUCAGCAAGCUGCUGUGUGCCAGAGGUAUCCUGCUCUUGAAACAAUUGGCAUUUAAUUUUUUUAUUUUUUUUAUUUUUUAAAAUGUGCUCUGCUGUCAUGGACUGAAUCGUAUAUUCAAACCUUCAGAGAAAAAAAAUGUUAAACCAGGAUUGUUCUAGCUGGUUAAGAAUUGUGCUUUCUGUUCUGUGUACCAACCACAUUGAAGAGAACUCCUUUUUGUAAAAUUCUGGCUUCAUGAAGCCUAUUAAAACAAUUCGUUGAAAGUGCUCUGAAUUUCUUGUGCCUCUGAGAAUGCUCCACCAUGUGCCAGAGAACCACCUGAAUGUUUUUGAGAUGUAGCAUCAGGUUAGUAGAAUCUGUAUGGUAGAGAGCAGUGUGAUCUAACUCAAGAUCAAUGUAAUAUUCUUCAGAAUUUUAUGAAGAUGACUAAUAGUUUCUACUGCAUAACAAGGUUUUAUCUCCAAACAGUUGAAGACUUAACAUGCAAGAUUUCAAUCUUAAGAAUGACUUUGAUUUAGGAUCACUUUUAGUUCUAAACUUCUGUAGAGGCAGAAUCACCUGGUUGCCUUGGUACUGUUCAUAAUGCUUCAUUACGUCCAAGUGUUCUCUGCUACCAUUUGGGAGAAAAACCGACAAAGUCCUUGGAGAAUGAAGUGUUGCGCCUACCAACAUGUGACUCUUCAGGGGCGAAACGCUGCUCUUGGCUAGUUCAUAUGUGGAGAUAGGCCUGUGUUGUGAGGUAACUCCUUUUUGCUCUCCUGAUCACAUCCUUUUUGUAAGAGUUCUCAAUGUAAACGUGUAACUUUCAUGAAAGUUUGCCGUCACUUCCACGAUGUCCGAAACAGCUGUCACUUAAAGCUUUCCGUUUAUUGAACUGGGUUUGCCUUGGAUCUGCAUGAAAAACCAAGUGCUCUGACCUUAUUUCCUGGGAAGUGAUCCCACUAGGAGAUCUGUUGGAUAACCUUUGGAUGCCAGUAGGGCAUCGGUCAGCAAUGUCCUGAUCUCGCCUCCAAAGUCUCAGUCUGCCAAGCUCAAAGCACCAGUGUUUUGCCCUCAAAGAUCCCCUUGUGCUAACAAAGGCUGUGUCUCUUGGUCUUGUGAUGCAGACCUGAAGCUCUGAUACUUGUGCAAUUCUUUAAGCAUAUCAUACUACUGGUAUUUAAAUGUGUUUGAGUUAAUCAACUUGAGGCCUUAAGUUUCCAGACAAUGUAGGGAUGGUUUUUAACUGUUUAGUUAGUAAUUUUUGCUUAGGCUGUAAACUGUAGCUUUAAAACCAUUUGCAUGCUUUUGUAGGUGUUAACAUGGUUGAACACAGGAUGACAUGGACUCAACUCAUUUUGUGGAUGUCUUCUUUUAGGGUGAAGCCAAUGUGUUAACGGGUGGUGGAAUCAGCUGAAGGUCUGUGGUUCAGUGACUUGGGCCAGUUUGAAGUUCAGAACACUGAGGUGCUGUGUGGAGAACUUCGUGUACCCGUUCUGAGUGUGGAAGAAAGGUGUACCUAGGCCACGGUGCCUGGCUGCCUCUCAGGAGACUGAGUUGAGCUGUUGCUGUGCAGUAAAGUGGUCAGAAAAGCGCUCGCAUUAAAUCCUGUGGAACUCCUGCAUCAUAUGGACUUGGAGGAAAUAAAAUAAUACAUUGGGUA